CUGCGAGAGGGGCUCUUCGGUUUCGAACCAGUGGUGGCGGAUUCCCGGUCCGCCCGACGUCCGGGCUGCUGCGAGGAUGCGAAGUCGGAGCCUAAUUUGGCUCCUAGGAGGCGUCCUCCUUCUGGCGGCCUCGGCCUCCUGCAACCGGACGUUCCAAGGACCCAACAGUAAAGGAAGAAGUCUUAUCGGCAGAUUGAACACCCCACCUCCAAUCUCUGGGGAAGGAGUUACAGUAGAACCAAGCUUUUCCAUCGAUGAGUUCUCUACAUCUGUCCUCACCGGGAAGCUGACUACUGUUUUUCUUCCGGUCAUCUACACCAUUGUAUUUGUGAUUGGUUUGCCCAGCAAUGGCAUGGCUCUCUGGGUCUUCCUUUUCCGGACAAAGAAAAAGCACCCUGCUGUGAUUUACAUGGCCAAUCUGGCCUUGGCAGACCUCCUGUCUGUCAUCUGGUUCCCCCUGAAGAUUGCCUACCACCUACAUGGCAACAACUGGAUCUAUGGGGAUGCGCUUUGCAAGGUGCUUAUUGGCUUUUUCUAUGGUAACAUGUACUGCUCCAUCCUCUUCAUGACCUGCCUCAGCGUGCAGAGGUACUGGGUGAUAGUGAACCCCAUGGGGCACCCCAGGAGGAAGACAAACAUCGCCGCUGGUGUCUCCCUGGCAAUCUGGCUCCUGAUUUUUCUGGUCACUAUCCCCUUGUAUGUCAUGAAGCAGACCAUCUACAUUCCAGCCUUGAAUAUCACCACCUGUCAUGACGUGCUGCCCGAGGAGGUACUGGUUGGGGAUAUGUUCAAUUACUUCCUCUCCCUGGCCAUUGGAGUCUUUCUGUUCCCAGCCUUACUUACUGCAUCUGCCUAUGUACUCAUGAUCAAAACACUCCGUUCUUCUGCCAUGGAUGAACACUCGGAGAAAAAAAGGCGGCGGGCCAUCCGACUCAUUGUCACCGUCAUGGCCAUGUACUUCAUCUGCUUCACUCCUAGCAACCUCCUGCUUGUCGUGCAUUAUUUCCUAAUUAAAAGCCGAGGCCAGAGCCACGUCUAUGCCCUCUACCUUGUCGCCCUCUGCCUGUCAACCCUCAACAGCUGCAUUGACCCCUUUGUCUAUUACUUUGUUUCACAAGAUUUCAGGGAUCAUGCCAAAAAUGCACUCCUCUGUCGAAGCGUCCGCGCUGUGAAUCGCAUGCAGGUAUCCCUCACCUCCAACAAGUUCUCCAGGAAAUCCAGCUCUUACUCUUCAAGUUCAACCAGUGUUAAAACCUCCUAUUGAGUGAUACCUGAGCCUGCUUAGUGGUGUGUGUGCUCGAGGGGUGGGGAUGCAACGACAAGGGGCUGUCACUUUCUAGCCAAGCUGGUCUCAGCACUGGUCACAAGCAUGGACAUCCGUAUCAGAACUCUGCUACUCUGAUGUCCCGGAAACUGAACGGACAUGGAGGGAUGAGAAGGCAGAAAUCCAGUGACUUGCAAAAGCUACACCCGGCAAGAAGAAAUCGCUAGCUGAAGCGAUUUCUUCUACAUCUGGCCCAUCACAGCUUUGUGAGGACCUGAAGCCCUCGUAGAGCUUCAGUCUAGUUGACUGACUCUUCAGAUGUGGGCGAUGAGGAGACUAACUGUGAAUGAAGUUCCUCUCCAGAAUUCUAACCAGCAACAGUGAGCCUGCACUGGGCAAUAGAAUCCAAAUGCCCAGUGGUUACUGUCUCACACAAUUUCAUCAAUA